CCCCAGUGUCCCUAGACAGAGCAUCCUUGCCUUCCUGAUGGCUCUGUUGAUCUCGUUUCCUGGAGGGACUCCAGCCAUGGCUCAGAUCCUGCUUCUGCUCUCAUCAGCCUGUCUGCAUGCUGGAAAUUCAGCAANAUCCAACAGANAAAAUGACUUUGGGAUCGACCAACCUGAACNNUGCUCUGGAGUCCAGGGUGGCUCCAUCGACAUCCCCUUCUCCUUCUACUUCCCCUGGNNGUUGNCCAAGGAUCCACAGAUGANCAUAGCCUGGAGAUGGAAGNAUUUCCAUGGGGAAUUCAUCUACAACUCCUCCCUGCGUUUCAUACAUGAGCACUUCAAGGACCGGCUCAUCCUGAACUGGACACAGGGUCAGACAUUUGGAGUCCUCAGAAUCCUGAACUUGAAGAAGUCUGACCAAGCCCUGUACUUUAGUCGAGUUCAUAUGCAUACGACAGAAGGCAUGAAGUUGUGGCAGUCACUUCCUGGAACCCAACUCAAUGUGACCCAAGCACUCAACACCACCAUGAGGAGCCCCUUCAUCAUCACCUCUGAAUUCACCACAGCUGGCCUGGAGCACACAAGGGACCAGAAGAAUCCUUCACUGAUGAACCUGGGAGCCAUGGUCACGAUGCUCCUGGCUAAAGUUGUGGUCAUAAUCCUACUCUGUGGAUGGAUGAUCUUCCUGAGAUGGAAGCAAAGACCUGACCCUGCAUGGCUGCAGCAGAGCUGUUUGCUGCCCUGGGCCCCUCACAUUGUCAGGACACAGAGAACAGCUGAGAGUCAGGAUGGAGAACCAGCAUGGCUGACACACUGACAGUUUCUUCUCUUACAGGCCAGCACACUAAAGCCUAAACCCCAGCCAG